GAACGAAAGAAUGAUUUUGCGGUUGUCAUUUGACAUUAUCCUUUCAUGAUGAUGUGUAACUGAACAAAAACUUCAAUUAUUUCAAAUAUUUUCUUAAUUUAUUGGAUUGAAAUUUAUUUAUCUUGUAUUUGUGACACGAUUAUAAUGAAUUACAAUGCUAAUUUCAAUCAACGACCGUCUGGUGGUCCAGUAGGUCCCGGUCGCAAAGUGAAGAGGGUUAGUGAUGUAAAUGCAAUGGGUGGCGCACCAGCUAGCCAAUUUAUGGCCGCACCAUUUGAUCCGAAUCUUCAACAACCACAACAACCGCAACAGCAGCAACAAUUAUUUGGAUCCGGACCAAAUGUUCAACCAUCCCAAUUUGCGUACAAUCCAAAUCAGCAGCCACAAUACGGUUACAAUGACUACAACCAAGCCAUCCAGCAACCGAUGAAUCCACAACAGCCAAUUAAUCCACAGCAACAACCACAUACACAGCAAAAUGUUCCGAUGCAACCACAGCAGGGACAAUUCGCAAUGUUUCAACAGCCAAUCGUACAAGAUAUGGCCAUGCAGUAUACACAGAAGCUGGCUGGCCAAGGCAAGCAAUUCGUCGAAAGUCAUUUCGAAAAAUAUGUUCCGGUGACGAGGUUAAAAUAUUACUUUGCCGUUGACAACAAGUAUGUGGUCAACAAAUUGCGACUGCUGUUUUUCCCAUUCACACACUCGGAUUGGUCUCUGAAGUACGACCAGGACAAUCCCGUCCAACCGAGAUUCGAUGUGAAUGCGCCAGAUUUGUACAUACCAACUAUGGCUUACAUAACGUACGUUGUUCUGGCUGGAUUAGUAUUAGGAAUGCAAAACCGUUUCACGCCUGAACAAUUAGGAAUUCUUGCGUCGAGUGCAUUGGCGUAUAGCCUAUUCGAGCUGGGCAUUUAUUUAAUAACGUUGUACAUCACCAACAUACCCACAACAUUAACGGCAUUAGAUCUGGUUGCGUAUUCGGGAUAUAAGUAUGCCAUCAUUGUCACAUGCAUUCUCGUUAUGAUUCUGUUUCGCCAAGUUGGUUAUUAUGCCACACUCGUCUAUUGUAGUUUAUCGUUGGGAUUCUUUCUGUUGCGUUCGUUAAAAGCCAAAGUAUCGCACGAACGACCGCCAUCAACUGCACAAUCAUAUGACGUGUACGGCAAUCCACAAGCGAACGAACAGAACUACGAUUACAGCAUUGGUCGCAAAAGGAAAUUGUAUUUCCUGUUUAUGGUCGCCGGUUUGCAGGCAUUUUUGUCGUUUUGGCUGUCAAAGCAUUUGAUACCACCAAAUUAAUGACGGUUUCAUGAUCGAAACGUUUUAUUGUUGCUUUUGUUCUCAUUUAUUUGUAUGCUACUCUCUAAACGGACUUUCGAUGAAAUUAAAGCAAUUUAUUUUGUAACAAAUGCCAA